AUGACAAUGGUACCAGAGAAAAGGAGCAUAACACACAGACAAACAACAGGCUUAACUAUUCCUGUUAUUUUGUCAGAUGCUGCUGGUAAAGUUCGCUUAGCAGAUUUUGAUAAGAGCAAAAGAUUGAGUGAAGGACAGAAGGAUGAUGUUAUAAUCAAAGACCUGAAGGCGCUCAGAAGGCUGGUCCUGUAUGUUGUAACAGUGGGUAAGGUCCCCUUUGAGGAAAAUGAUAGACACAAUUUGGAUGUAAAUUGUCCAGAGGAUGUGCAGGACUAUGUGGAGAUUGCAGACCUUAGGAAAAGUCUGGUCUUCCCUGAUGAAGGAAGCCCAGUUGAGAACCUGCUGAGAGACUUGAUCCAACAUCCCUUUUUCUGGAGCAAGCAGACCAGGUACAGGUUCCUGAGAGACGUUGGGAAUGAGAGCGAUAUCAAAACACGCAACACCAAGCAUCACAACAAUGAGAGUGAGAUUCUGAAAGCUUUGAAUUGUGAUGAGCACCCUUUGCAGCAGUGGACUGAGCAGAUUGACAAAUUGGUUCUGGACAGCAUGUUGAACCCCUUCAACAACAACAAGAAGAACCAGAACAAGAACAAGAAGAAACAGUAUGAAAACUAUGUCACGGACCUACUGAAGUUCAUCAGGAAUAUGGGCGAGCACUUUGACGAGAAGGAAGAAAAGGUCAAGGAAAUAAUCAAGGAGCCCUCGGAGUAUUUCCUGAACCUAUUUCCAGAAUUGACAGUUUAUGUCUACAAGUGUUUACGCAUGAUACAGCAUCAUAGACAUUUUCCAAGCCCUCAGAGUCUUUCUCAGCUGUAGCAUGUUGUAUCACUUCAGGUUAUAUGGCUGAAUCCCAUUGACUAACUUCCUUUUCAGCACCAUUUCGUUCAGCUGCCAAAAAGUGUCAUACAAAGUGGGGAAGGGGCUGGGUGGGCAGAGGGUAUUGGAAUUUCAGUCAGUGGAUCUGAUCUCUGGAUUCAGCACUGAAGCACUCAGCUGUAAAGAUGCUAUGUUUGAGCGGGUUCAUGGAGGACAAUUACAUUGAGGAAAGGAAGAACUAAGUGCUAGAAGGGCAAGUGCCAGGUCUGGGGCUGCAGGAUAGGUGCCCCUCCUCCAGCAGGUCCAGGCUGGGGGAGGGGCACCCCAGCUGCACCUGGGUGCAGGCCGCACCAGAUCAGGCCAUGCCUUGGUCCAGGCCAGGCCUGGGUCGGGGUCUGGGCCGCUCCGGCCGCACCUGGGGCUGAGUGCCAUGGCAGGUCCGGGCCGCAGCAGAGUUUGGGCUGGCAAAGGGGCGCCCCUCACCCAGCUGCGGCGGGUUCCCUGAGCACCCGUGCAUCACUAAAUAAGCUGCUGCGCGGCCGUGCAGCUUACAGAGAACUUAGGUCAGGACCCCUUCCUCUGUUCAGUGGCUGCUUCCUUUCUCCCUUCUGGUGCAGUUAAUUGAUGGACAGAGAAAGAGGGAGCAGGAGGGGGUCCCUUGGAGCAUUUAGUCCUUCUUUCUAUCAUUGAGUCCCCCUCUUGGAAAACAUUUCCAGCUGAUAUUCAGGAGACAGAGUGUCUAUAUGUCAGGAUAUUCCCUGCUGGCUUUCCCACCUGUUUCCCAGUCCUUUGUCUCCCUUCCUGCUUGAUGGCUCUGUUUACUGCUAAAAUGCAAAUUAAGCGGAGCGCAUGUUCCUUUGUUUGAGACAGACCUGUUUGCAAACCACAAUUUGGAACAUGUGUUAAUUACACAAUUUCCCUGUAGGAUGUAACUUCACAUAUGGUGUUGCCACACACAUUUUAUUAGGACAAUAUUGACCAGCAAAUUAUGGGUCUUCAAAUGAUACUUACAAGACAUACCUUGUACAAAGAUUAUUACAAUAAGGUGUGGAUAUGGGUACAUUCUAUCACACUUCCAUCCUGUACCUGUGCUGUGUAUUCACUGUCAGGCUUGGCUUCCCUCUCACCUGAGGAGGCAGUCCUUUUGUUCCCAUGGGCUCUGCCCACCAAUCCCAGUUAUCAAAUAGGCUGGCAUUUUUUUGUUUAAAAGCA